AUGUCGGCUUCGGCUAUUUUCAUCCUCGACUUGAAGGGGAAGGUGCUGAUCUGCCGCAACUACAUGGGCAACGUGGACAUGAACGAGAUCGACCACUUCAUGCCGAUGCUGAUGAAGAGGGAGGAGGACGCUGAGAUGACUCCUCUGAUCACUCACGGAUCCACUCACCUCCUGUGGGUCAAGCACAACAACAUCUACUUGGUGGCGAUGACCAAGAAAAAUGCCAAUGCAGCGCUAGUGUACUCUUUCCUGUAUAAAAUAGUUCAGGUUUUUAAAGAAUAUUUCAAGGAGGUGGAGGAGGAAAGUAUCCGGGACAACUUUGUGACGGUGUAUGAGCUGAUGGAUGAGGUCAUGGACUUUGGGUUUCCACAGACGACAGACAGCAAGAUCCUACAAGAGUACAUAACUCAGCAGGGCCAUAAGCUGGAGGUGGGCGCCCCCAGACCCCCGGCCACAGUCACCAACGCGGUGUCCUGGCGCUCCGAGGGAAUCAAGUACCGCAAGAAUGAGGUCUUCAUGGACGUCAUUGAGUCUGUGAACCUACUGGUGAGUGCAAACGGAAGUGUUCUUUGCAGUGAGAUCGUGGGAAGCAUUAAGCUCAAAGUGGUGUUGUCUGGGAUGCCUGAGCUCAGACUGGGCCUCAACGACAAGGUGCUUUUCGAGAUCACAGGCAGGGAGAAGAGUAAGACGGUGGAGCUGGAGGACGUGAAGUUUCAUCAGUGCGUCCGUCUGUCACGCUUUGAGAACGACCGCACCAUCUCUUUCAUUCCACCGGAUGGCGAGAGCGAACUCAUGUCCUACCGCCUCAACACAACAGUAAAGCCGCUGAUAUGGAUUGAGAGUGUGAUUGAGAAGUUCUCUCACAGUCGUGUGGAGAUCAAGGUCAAGGCCAGAAGUCAGUUCAAAAGUCGAUCAACUGCCAACAAUGUCUCCAUCCUGGUGCCAGUGCCCAGUGACGCUGACUCGCCCAAAUUCAAGACGAGCAUGGGCAACGCCAAAUGGCUCCCUGAGAAGAGUGCGGUGCAGUGGAAUAUCAAGUCCUUCCCUGGCGGUAAGGAGUACAUGAUGCGCGCCCACUUUGGCCUGCCCAGUGUGGACGGGGACGAGAUGGAAGCCAAAAGACCCAUCACUGUUAACUUUGAGAUCCCAUAUUUCACUGUGUCUGGCAUACAGGUGAGAUACCUCAAGAUUAUAGAGAAGAGUGGUUACCAGGCUUUGCCGUGGGUGCGCUACAUCACACAAAGUGGAGAUUACCAACUCCGGACGAACUAA